AGGAAAAACAUCAUUUGAGAGUAGGAAAACUGAGUUUUGGAGGCAGUAGCAGAAGCAAGGGGUUGUAAGAGAAUUUUGGUACUAGUACUGUUGACGCCGAAGCAGGAGCAUUCAAUCAAGGCGUACCGAGGUAGAUACAUACCAGAACCCAAUUAACUGAUCAGUACGGUACAUGUAGCACUACUAAAGAAUGAGAUUGUUCAUUGUCUUACUGUCGUUGCUCGCCCCCCGUGGCGGCCAUGGCUUGUCCAGCAAUGGUUUGAAGACCUUCAAGUCGAGCGUUUCCAGACUUCAGAAGCAAAUCACAAAAAAGCCAAAAGCUCCAGAGCCCCCUCUGCUCGAGCGCAUCGGUCUGGAAAGCAACACAGAACCCAAAACCUUCCAAUUCCUAUUCCAGCAAAUCCCAGAUCUUCUCACGGCAUCCUUUCCGCUUUUGUUUCGGCUGGGGACGGGCAUGUUCUCGGAUGGCUAUUCCAUUUCCUUGGGACCUCGAGAUGACAAGCGGUAUACUGUCUUGGCAUUGGGCAAUUCGCAGAUUCGGGAAAUCUCCACCACUAUCAAAUAUUCCAAACAGAAUUUACCAAUCAUGCUAUACGAAUUUGAAGGUUGUCCCUUUUGUCGCAAAGUGCGAGAAGCCGUGUCCAUGUUAUCGUUGGAAGUCACAUUUUUGCCCUGCCCCAAUGGAGAAACCAACUUUCGACAAAACUUGACCACCACGACGCCCUUUCUCGUUGAUCCCAAUACCGGCGUCCAAAUGGCCGAGUCGGAUGAUAUUAUCAAUUAUCUCUAUCGAGUCUACGGCAGUACCAAAUCCAAAAUUCCCAAAACAUUGAACCCCGACAAUCCACUCGUACCACUGUCUGCCGCGUUGGGGUUGUUGCCACGCAUUGCCCGUGGGACUACCUACCGGGCAUCGAAUGUCCCAGAAACGCCCCUCGUUGUCUGGCUCUACGAAGGAUCGCCCUUUUGUAAAAUUGUCCGUGAACGACUCGUGGAAUUGGGAUUGCCACAUACCCAGAUCUCGUGUCCGCGGGGGAGUUACAAUCGAGAUCGAUUGUUUGAUCAGACAGGAGGCAAGUUUCAAGUCCCUUACCUGGAAGAUCCCAAUACGGACGUGAAACUCUUUGAAUCAGCUGCCAUUAUCGAGUAUUUGGAAAAAGUAUAUGGACUUCCAGAACCCAAUGUCAAGUAUUUGUAAAAAACAAACAAACUGCAGCACCAGCAGCAGCAGUUAGUUAGUAUGCAGACAUGUGAGUGAUCUCUGAGAGCAGUGCAACUAUCUGACAUGGAAACGGUACGGUAUAGAUGAUACCGAUUGGCUGCUCAGACGAAGUUGAACGGACCAUUCAUCGUCUGAGACAUUUGCAGCAAACUUAGCAGCGAUCUAGAAGAUUCUGGACAACAAAAGCCAACAGCACAGGUUCUAAUUGUAGUCUAGUGCAAAAUAGCCGGAUAGUCUCAUCCAUGUGUCUGCCUCAUCGAUUGCACCAUCAUUAAUUAAUUAUCCCCUUGACUGCCUGUGUCG